AUGGUCCCCACAGUGGUGUCGCAGCUCAUCAAUAUCGCACGAGGGCCAACCUGGAUCGUGCCUCACUUGUUUUCCGACGAUGGCAAUACUGCAGAAGAGAGAAAGACAUUUCGAGACAACCAGACACUUUAUGAUUCUCACCGAGUCGAGCUUGAAAGGAAAGUUGCUGCCGGGCUUUCCGGUCUUUGGAAAGGGACCGUCUCGCAAGAGAGGUUCUUAAACACGUGCGAAACAUUUAUGCGAGCGAAAAUACAAGAUCCGGAAUUAUUGAAUGCCUUAUUGCCAGACUUCGAAGCUGGGUGUCGUCGCUUCACUCCGGGAGGGCACUACUUGGAUGCCCUUCAACAACCAAACGUACAGUACAGGCAAGACAGCAUCAUUCAAGUGAGAAAGCACUCUGUAGUUACAGAAUCCGGGAAGGAAUACGAGAAUUUGAGCCCUACCAACCACGAUUCCUCGUACAAGGGCGAGACGGGGUGUCCCUUAGCGACAAUUGGGGAGAUUGGGGGCCAUGUGAAAGUUAUAUGGCGGCUACAUUGGCUCAAUUCCCAAAUUUCUUUGGUGGUAUUUAACCCCCCAAUCUGUCCUGUCAAUGGAUCAGCGAUCCCUGGCAUUGAGAGGACUUCAAACUACAUAACACGGAUACUGCAUCGUCUGCAGACCGACAGUCUCCUUUCUGUCUGCGUGAAACUCUCGGCACAACAAGAAUUCAACGAGUGGACCCAAUCACGGAUGCCUGAAAUGACAAGAAUAAAAACGGGAAAGUUGUGGUCCCAUGGCCUGGAACCGUUCUCCACUAUUAUCAAGCGACUCAAUUCAUACGAUGGGAGGACUUUGACCUCUGCCAUCGUCGCCCAGCUCACCGAUACGACAGCUUCGGUAAUGGAAUUACUCGCGAUGGCUUCGUGCCCUCUCGAUUUCCAUGGAUCAGCACUGAGAUAUCUACACACCACCAAGCAAGCGUCUGUCAGUUUGACCUAUUAG